AUGGCCGGAUAUCUGUUGCUUGUGAUCCCAAGCAUUCUCAUGAGCUUACUGGUCUCGAGAGCACCGUUCAUGAUGACCACCACACCGCAGACGACGAGGCCUUGGGCCGACGGACCCAUGAAGCUCAUCACAACGCCGCAGUAUGAGACAAAGAAGACCGACCUCUUUACGCUAGGCUCUACUCACAUGGCCCUGCUGCACAACUCGAUCCUGCGAGGUUACAAUUCCAUCUACCAGCAAGCACCGUACAUCCAGGAGGCCGACAAGGCCGAUUUCAUCGGAUACUCCCAGACCUGGUACAAGUUCGUCAAGUCGCACCAUGAUGAUGAGGAGGAGUCCCUCUUCACCAAGGUUGAGGAACUCCUGAACGACAAGAAUGUCUUUACAGAGACGCACAAAGAGCACGAGUCCUUCCUGAACGGCCUCGCCGACUUCAACAAGUACCUUACGACGCUGUCCUCGCCGUCUGACUUCUCCGGCGCCAAGCUGCUCGACAUCAUGAAGGACUUCCAGGAGCCGUUCGAGAGCCACUUCCACAGCGAGAUUAGCACCAUUGCCGGCCUGGCGGAACACCCGAACGCGCCGAAGGAGGGGACCCCGGAGGCGGCGAAUGCGACCUUGACGUUCAAGACGUGGGGCAAGAGCACCGUCACCAAGGCGGGCACUGCGGACGUUGUACCGUUCUUCCUGCUGAACCUGGACCGGACAGCGGAGGACGGGCUGUGGGCGAACUGGCCGCCCAUGCCGGCGCCGAUCAAGUGGGGUCUAAUCAACAUCGCGGGUGCGUGGCACUGGGGAUGGUGGAAGUUUGCCAGCUGCGAUGCGGCCGGCCAACCGAGGGAGCUGUAUGCGCUGGGGUCUUCCAAUGCGGAGGACAAGACCAAGGCUGAGCUUUAG